CAUGGUGUAGAAUUCAUAAACUCACUCAAUACUAAUAAGUCUUAUCAAGUAUUAAUCAAUGAAUCAUCACGUUAUAGUGAAGUAAUUUUGUCAGCUGGAAGUAUGGGAAGUCCUCAACUUUUGCUUUUAAGUGGAAUAGGCCCCUACAACAAUCUUAAAAAAUUAAAUAUAUCUGUGGUCAAACAUUUGCCUUUCGUUGGACAAGGUGUGCAAGAUAAUCCCCGUGCAACAAUAGUGCUACAAUCCCCUAAACCAUUCAAUACUUCUAGCAUUCAAUCAGUGGGCAUUUUGAACAAUUCUGAGCUCUACAUAUUCUCCAGUAGCUUUGUGCAGCAGCAAGUUCCUGCAUAUGACUCCAAAUCUUCAAACAUGUAUGGUGGGGUAAUCUUUGAGAAAUUAGCUUACCCCUUAUCAAGAGGAAAUCUAAGUCUAAUUAGUAGAGAUCCUAGAGACAAUCCUUCAGUUCGCUAUAACUAUUAUUCCAAUCCGGAAGAUUUACAAAAAUGUGUUCAAGGGGUCAAGAUAAUAGCUGGCAUUUGUGAAACAAAUUCCAUACAAAAAUUUGCCUAUAAGGAUAAGUCCAAUGAUAGCAGGAGGUUGCAUUUCAUUGGACCAGCUUUGCCUAAUAUCAAGGAUGAAGUGGCCAUAGCCAAGUUUUGUAGGGAAAAUCUUAAUACCAUGUGGCAUUUUCACGGAGGAUGUGAUAUUGAUUCUGUGAUUGAUAAAAGGUAUAAGGUUAAAGGUGUUGAUGCAUUAAGAGUUGUUGAUGGUUCCACUUUUAGGGAUGCACCUGGAACUAGUCCACAAUCAACCACCCUAAUGUUUGGAAGGUAUAUAGGAGUGAAGAUUUUGCAAGAGCGUGGAGAUUCUACAUGAUUCUUGGAGAAUUUUCUACCCUCCAUACCUUCUUCAAAACCAUUUAUCUCUUGGAUUUUCCAAUAUUAUAUAUAUUAGAUAUAUUUUUAAGAUAUUCAUUAAAGAAUAAAUAUGGAGAUACUAAUAAGGAAUAA